UACAAAAUAAUUGUAUAGUGCUUUAAAAAUCAUUAAGAACUGUAUUUUGUGGAAUAAAUUAGUUUCCAUUAGUAAAGAAAUAUAAUCAUUAUACAAAGUGGUCGAAAACAAUUUUUAUAUUUAUUGGAAAUAUUACAGAAAAACGACUUGUACUUUUUUCAAAGAUUUCGAAAUAGAGAAUGGCGAAAAAUUUUCAAAAUGGCAGACCCAUGCACAGAGCUGCGGCUAUACCAUACAAAAAACCAUUCAAGAACUUGGGGAAUGGCGGUGGGGGACCAGUACAUCACGGCAAUUUCAAUCCGAUGAUGUUCAAUGGUAGUCAAAUUCCUGAUAAUCCUGGUUAUUUAGAUUUCAACAACCCUUCGCCACCGGCAGGUAUUGGCGGUGGAAGUGGCCUGGGUCAAAUGCAAAAUAAAAAGAAGAAUAAUAAAAAUAGACCUAAAGGAAAACCGCAAACGCAAUUUCAACAACCUCCAGUAAACACACCAACACAACAAAAUGGUAGUGGAAAUUGGAAUAAAAAUAAAGGAGUUCAAUAUCAAGGUUCAAAUAAUACAAAUAAUAGAUUCAAUGGGGGAAAUGUCGGUGGUCCAAGAAAUUUUAUUAAUGGUGCUCCAAAUCCGGCAAACGGUCCAAAUCGCGGACGUCGUAUGGGACCACCUGGUCCAGUUCCUCGAGGAAAUUUACCAAUGCCGGCCAUGCCACCACCGCACGGAUUCCAGCCACCUAUGAUCCCACCGAUGCCACCAAUGGGUCGAGGCCCAAUGCCUCCUCCAAUGGGUAUACAACCGCCACCACCAUUUCUCCGACGUAGUGGACGUAUUGGACCGAUACCACCUAUCCCACCUCCAAUACCACCAAUGAUCCCACCGCGCAUGCCUCGUGCUAUGCCGCCAGCACCGUUUAGCAAUGCUGGGAAAAUUAAAAAACCAAACACGAAGUUAGUGAAAAAGGUGGUAAAAGGAAAAAGUACCAUUAAGACACUAAAAAAUCUGGUGAAUCAAUAUCCCAUCGAAAAGCCUUGGGUUACGGAAGAAAUACGAGCUGAGUAUGACAAGAAAGUUGACAUUGAAAAUAGGCUCAAAGGCAAUAAAAAUGAUGAUUUAUUCGCCCAAUUUAAAGUGCAACGUGACAAGUUUGUAUCUAUGUACGAAACUGCUCGGGAGGAAUAUUUGAAAAAGGAGGCGGAGGCCGUUAAGGCAAAGGAUGCUAAAGACAAACAAACAAUUAACAAGACCGCCACAAAGGAAGAAAACAAGAAUGAUGCAAAAGCAAAGUAAAAUCUUUCACAUCAAAGUUAAUUUAUUAACUAAUAACUAGCAAAUAUAAAUAUAUGAAUGAGUUUCAUUCAUAAAUUUGUAAAUGAAAAAAUUAAAUUUACCUUUAAAUAGAAAUCUGAGUAUUUAACACUGAAAAAAACGCAAUCAAAUUUGCACACAUAAACGAAACAUUUAAAACAAAAUGGUUUAUGUGAACUGUCCAGACGUAGUGUGUAAAUUAACAUAUAUUAGAAUUUGUUAAGAAAAAAUAAUAAAAGUAAUACAAAUUUGUAAGCACGUUGCUGCUGUUUAAAUAAAUAUACAAAAUUAGAGUCAAAUAAAUUGAUUAAAUGAUUUCAAUAAUAAGCAACUUUGCUAAACACCAGAGGUGUAUGAAUUUUGUUAAACAAAUUUGCAAGUAUUUAUAUAGACAUCGAUAUUUAAAAGAUAGCUGCAAAAUAAAUUUUAACAAAAAAAUUAUGCUAUAGAUUUGCACAAAAUAAUGUUUCUUGUAUACUUUUCGUUAAACUCAUAAAAAUCACGCUUACUUUAUUAGCGUGUGCAACCGUAUUAAGUAACAAUAUUAUUGCUUGGAUAAAUGUUUAAAGUCAUUCUAAAAAUUGUAAUUUUCAAACUUUUAAAAGUUUAUCCUUAUAGUCUAUAUAAUAUAAGUUCAGCAUAUCUAUAGAUUGUCAAAAUAAUAAUUAUACUGUACUUAUGAGUACGUAAAAUAAAACAUUGCAAGUAUUUGCCGAUAAAUUAAUUUCUUUGUAUACAUAUGUAUAUGAAACAUAUUAUUUUAAAGCAAAUUUGAUAAAUAAUAUGAGAAUUGAGAAAUGUAUUUGAAAAUAAAAAAUGAACACGAUUAAUUUGUAUAAUCGUCCAAAAUUUAUCAGUACUUCAUUAUGAAUGGAAGAAUGUACGUUGAGCUUAUCCAGAGCAGAUGCGGUACGUGUGUAAACGGCGAUAUUUGUUUGUCUUGUAUUAAAUGGCAGUUUGUGGUGUGGUAUAUGGUGUUUGAACGCAUAACCGAUUGCUUUUGUUGAAACAACAAUAAACUUCCGGUUACCUAUUUAAGUGUCGCUCACACGCCAUUACCACAGUUAGCUCUGCCACAGGAUAUUUCAACAAUGAUGGCCCUAUGAAGUUUCAUCAGAAACGGAAUGACACAUAAUAUAACUUAAAAUAUACACAUUUAUAAAUAUUUACAUAGUUGUAAUAAAUGUCUAUUUCAGCGUAAACAUUUAAAUAAAUCAUAUAAAAUCAUGAAA